AUGGCAGGACCAGAGGAAAGCCACGGAGGUGAGGGGAGUGUCCAUUGGAUAGAAGGCUUCAUCUCUCCUCUUUUCCUCUGUAAUCUAUGUCUUGAAAAAACCCAUAAGAAAAGCAGGUGGCGCCUUCCCCUCUAUGGGAAGGUCCAAUUGCGUCAAACCAUUGGAACCACAAAGGGUUCCUUACCCAGGCUUCUUGGAUGGAGAAAUUCAUCAAGAAGGAUAAAGUGGAAGAGGGCAAUGACAAAAGGAGGAAAAAAUUGA